AGCAGCCACAGCUUUAACCUGAGCUCAAGGUGCUCGGGGCGUGUUUUCUCUAUGCAGUUGCCCUGGGUGGGGUCCCCCCCUGCACAGGGAUGUGGUUGAUGCUGAUGUUGUAACUUCCCCUUUCCCACUGGGGUAGGUAGAACCCUCUCUUGUUUUGCACAAGGAGCCUCCUCCCUGCCGGGCCAUAGACACGCAUCUGGAGAGCUGCUGGACCUCAGCGGGCAGCAGGAGCCUCGGCCGGGUACCACUGAGCAAAGCUGAGAACAGCCACAAACGAUGAUGUUAGGGACGAUGUCAGUGCUGUGCCUCGCAUCAGGAAACUGCAUUAAACAACAGGAAGCCCAUGCUCAUGCUUGGACUUACAAAACACCUCACCCUCCUCUCCCCUUUCCUUCCAGUGCUGCCGGCAGGCAGGACUCUGGCUCGCAUCUCCACGCUGUACAGAGCUGCUGGGCUCAGCCUGCUCCAGCCACAGCCCCCUGGUGCCUCUGCUCUGCUCCCAAGCCUUGCUCCAUCCUGCAUCCCAAAGCUCAGAGGAUGGAUGGUCCGGAGCGGAGCUGGCUGGCGAAUCUCUCCCUUCCCCUUGGCUCUGCUCAGUAUCGCGAGCUCAGACUUGAGCUGCUCGACAGGCAAAGCUCCUGCCUGGAGCUGGCUGCCCUGAGGAACGUGAACAUCAUCCUACAGCACUACAACUUCACGGGCAAGCUGAGCAACAGGCAGGCCGGGGACGAGGGCACGGGGCUCACGCGCACAGCGUUCGCCGUCAUCAGCUGCAUCAUCAUCCUGGAGAACCUGCUGGUGCUCUUGGCCAUCCUGCGGUGCCUGCGAGCGCGCCGCUGGGUCUACUCCUGCAUCGCCAGCAUCACGCUGAGCGACCUGCUGGCCGGGGCUGCCUACCUGUGCAACCUCUGCCUCUCGGGCAGGAAAACCUUCCAGCUCUCCCCGCAGCUCUGGUUCCUGCGGGAAGGAACCCUCUUCAUGGCACUGGCCGCCUCCACCUUCAGCUUGCUGGUGACCGCCAUCGAGCGCUACAGUGCCAUGGUGAGGCCCAUCGCUGAGAACGAAGCCAGCAAGACCCUGCGUUUACGGGGCCUCAUCGUGUGCUGCUGGCUCUUGGCCUUCGUCAUCGGGCUGCUCCCGCUGCUGGGCUGGAACUGCCUGUGCCACUUGAGCGCCUGCUCCGUCCUCCUGCCUCUCUACUCCAAGAACUACAUCCUUUUCUCUGUGGUCAUGUUCAGCAUCAUCCUCCUGGGGAUCCUCGGCCUCUACAUCUCCAUCUUCCAGCUGGUCCAGGCCAGCUCGAGGCAAACCAGCUCGAGGCACAGCCGCAAGCGGUCCCUGCGCUUGCUCAAGACCGUGCUGAUGAUCUUGGGGGCCUUCAUCAUCUGCUGGAGCCCCCUCUUUGUCCUGCUGCUCUUGGACGUCUUCUGCGAGCCCCGGAGCUGCGCCCACCUCCACAGCCUGGACUGGACCUUGGCUCUGGCCAUGCUGAACUCGGGGGUGAACCCCGUCAUUUACUCCCUGCGCAGCGUGGAGGUUCGCCGCGCCGUGGGGAGCCUCCUGUGCUGCUGCUGCGUCCGCCUCGGCCUUUGCGAGCCCGGGAGCUGCUUGGUCGUCACGGACAUCAACUCGGGUUCAUCCACCGAGAGCUCCCUGCGGUACCGGGAGAGCUUCCGCAGCGCCCGGCCCCGCGCUCCGCUCUCCAGUAACUCCAGCAUGAUGAGCAACCUGCCCAGCCUCUGAGGGCGGCGAGCAGGAGGUGCCCCACAGCCCACCAGGACCUCCCGCUGCUGGGCCUGGCCUGGCUGAGGCCAACCCAGGCAGCUCGGGUUGAUUGAGUGUGGCUCCAUCCCAGUUGUUGGCUUUCCGGUCACUUCAGCCCGGGG